CAGAACUCAUAAGCAAAAAAAAAACAAAAGACUUAGAAAUUAUCAGUAAGAAGUAAGAACCCUAGACUCUGUUCCGAUUCAUAUUACUCGAAUCGGAGGAGGGUUUUGACUCUAAAAUCGGAUCUUUCGAACUGGGUUUUUUUUUUGAAUCGGAUCUGAAAAAGAUAUGAAAGAAGGCAAAGCUUCAAAGUCGAAUCAUCAAGACCAGCAUGAACAGAUUUAUCACCAAAACGGUCACUUGGGUUCUUCCAAAUUCGCCAAAUUGUUUGAUUCCGAAGCUUCCUGGGACAAGGAUCAACUGGGAGAUGUAUUGCAUUGGAUAAGACAAGUGGUUGGAUUACUCUGCGGAUUGGUUUGGGGUGCGAUACCUUUGGUUGGAGGCAUAUGGCUACUUCUGUUUCUGGUGAUCUCAUCUGGCAUAGUAUAUGGUUACUAUGCAUUGAUUCUAAAGAUCGAUGAAGAAGACUUUGGUGGUCAUGCAACUCUGCUCCAGGACGGUCUAUUUGCUUCUCUAAGCUUAUUCCUGCUUGCGUGGAUCCUGGUGUAUAGCUUGUCUAGCUUCUGAUAGAGACACACUCUCUUGUGCUUGAGCUGCUCCGAAGAAGUUUAGCAGAACGUACCUAUCAUGGUUUCGCCGAUUUACGUUGUGCCCUUCAAGCUUUUGUUUUCUGAAAGAUGGGAACUAACAUUGGUAGAUUUUCGAAUUCUUUUCGUGGUUUCCAUUCGUUGCUGUUAAGUUUUAUGUAUCUCAUUUUGUGUAAUAUGACUGAUAGUAUUAUGCAAUGAUGUGUUUCUAAAACUAAAUAUUUCUCCAAAA